AACGGUCACAUAACUACAGGUCGAAACACUCAACACCACCACCACCACCAACAACAACAACAACAAAAUCUGUCUCUCCUCAAUAUCAUGUCCGACUACUAACUUAUCCACAACCACCUACAACAAACAAUCCCGUAGUCUUCUCAAUUACCUCCCCACUUCCACACUUUCCACCUUAACCUUAACUUCAUUACCAAUUGUACGAAUCACCUUCGAUACACUCGUUGUCUAUUUCUCUCCCUAAGUCGGUCUCACACGAACACAUGAAUAAACAAUAUGUAUCGAUGAAACGUAUCAGAGCACAGUACCAAUACGCGACGAAACAGAUGUCAACAACUCCUGUGCCAAAUGCCUUCGUUGCACGUUUCUCGACUUCACUUCUCCUUUCGACUCUUUCUGUACCUAGAUGUCUCUUGUUAAAUAAGUUCUCAAUGACACAAACACAUCCCAGCAUAUUUCCAAGUAACUCAGUCUUUCUCCUCUCUUUCUAUCUCCUUUCGCUAAUCAGUACUAAACCUUCAGGUAGUGCAUUCAUUCAUUCAGUCACUCAUCGAUUCAUUUAUUCAUUGGGUCGUUAGACAUAUAUAUAAAUAACGUUUGCAAUAGGGGGACCAGUUUCUAUUGUUGCUUUUCUACAGAAUAACCAGUAACUUACAAACACAUCAGUCAGGAAAGAUAUCCCUCCGUGUAACUCUAC